AUGCCUGUGAAAAAGCGAAGUUUUGUCUACAAUGAAUCUGAUUCAGAUGAUGAAUUCAAGGAUUUUCCCUUCUUGAAAAUGCCCAGAAGCAGCCAUGAAAACUCAAUGAGCUUGCAAUUCGAGAUCCCAGCAUCAGUACAGGCAGUCAUCGAUAAGAUUGAGGAAUCUCAAUCAAUUCGGGCCAAAGAGGAUCUUAUUUCAAGGCUGUCUGGGAUAAUGAGCAACGUGCAGCUGAUAAUGACUCGGUACAAUAUCGACAGCAUGUCCCCUGGGAGGAGGGGCUCCGUCUCAGAAACCCAGAAAAAACGGAGAAAGGCUUUCAUAGACAAGAUUGCCAUAUGUUCGAAGAAUAUUGACAUUAGAGAAAGGACUCUCACCAAGCUCCUGUCCUGGCUAGAAGAAUGGAACUUUGUUCUGUCUGAGGUGGCCGCCAUCAAUAUGGAUGAGUAUCACCACUGGAUUGCAAAGAUGGAGUUGAUGCCAGAAAUGUUGAAAGGGAUCAAAAAUAAUGUCGAUUCUAUGAUUCAAAUGACCUUAUUCCUCAUCGAAGAAAAGAAGAGACAAAAGAAAAAAAUAUUGGCUAGAGGUACUCUCUGGAAAGCUUGGAAAGACCGAGCUAUAAAGCGGCCUGCCACAGCCCAGGCUUUAAGACCAGAUCAGAUGAUUUGUGACCAGAUUGGCUUGAACGCUAAGGUUUCAGAGAUUCAGAACAUGCUGCAGGAGCUCAUCAGCACAGCCAUGUUCAGCAAGCUGGAAAACAGCGCCAUCAAAUACAUAUCCUCCACCCUGGUGAACCUCUCCAAGGCAUUGAGCACCGUCAACGAUGAGCUAAGGCUUGUGAGCUACCGGGUCGCCAAGUCCUUUGUGAGAGAAGAUGAAAUGGCAGAGAAAGAGAAAGACCACUCCCAGCAGGUCAUCCAAGAACUCAGUGAAGAGAACGAGGUGCUCCAGCAGAAACUUAGAGAAUCCGAAGAAAAAUGUGACCAGCUUAUUCGCAUUAAAAAUUAUCUUGGACGCCAGAUACACCCAGCUGCAUCCUUGAGAACUGUAGUUAGGCUGCCUCUACAGGUACCAUACUUCAGCACAGAGGCCAGGGACACCGACAGUGAUGAAAAAGUGGAUUCUAAGAAGGAGGCCAAAAGCACUGCAGUAACCUGGGACUCACCUGCGAGUGAGCUGGAUCUGGAUGUGGCUAAGCAGCAAGCUGAGGACAAAGCCGAGGCGACCCAGGACCAGAGAAAACUCAAAGUUCUGCCACUAACAACCGAGACCUUGGACACAAAUCUGGAAAUGGAGGAAAAGAAACCCAGUCAUCUUGCUUUUCUAAAAGCACCGGAAAAGAAGAAAACAGGUAAACAGAAGGGCCAAGAAGUCAAAAGUGCAGCAAGCUCCAUGUGGGAACAACUCAGGAAGGGCAAGUCUGAGCAGCUGUUUCGGAGCAGCCCGGGCUCGCCAGAGAGUAGAGAGUCUACCCUUAAGUUAACAGACAAAGAAGACGAGAGUGCCCCAGAGCUGCAGAAACCAGAAAUGAAGUGGAAAAAACUCAUAGCAGCAAAAACUGAAGUGUUCGGCCCUGCAAGACAGUCUGGUAAAUCACAACCCAAGAUCUCUAAGGAGACUUCAGUGACUGCCGAUGAAACUGAGCAGGGCAAUCUAGAAUCAUUUCAAAGGGCCAUCCUGGCCUUCCUGAGAGAGAAGACGAAUAACGUAGGGAAGGCUUUUGAUCCAAAGAGUAUACGGAAGGAGGAAUCGUCACUGGGAAAAGCGGAAGUCGAAAAAUUUAACGUCAUAAAGGCAAAAAUGGAGGAAUAUUUCCAAAAAGUGGCUGAAACCGUGACUAAAGCCUUGAGAACAUACAGAGAUGAAAGGAAGGUGCAACCUAAAGAGAAGCCCAAGAAACAGCCAAAGGGAGCAUUGGGCAUGCUGCGGACACUUCCUAAGCAGGGGACAGUUGGCCCCAAGUCUGAGGUUGGCAGAGUUCUCCUCAGUGAGAUCACAGACCCAGUGAUUAAGAAGCUGGUACAGAUGCUCUUAGAAGAGAUAGAUAGUGACUUCAAAUACAGAAGGACAAAGGAGCUGCAGCAGGAGGAGGCAGAGGCACAGAAGGGAGAACCAAGACCGAAGCCGAGGGACAAAACAGAGUUGCUGGAGGCGUGGAAAAAAGCAUUCAAAGUACCAGAAGACAGCCAGGUUCAGGACCUGAGAGAUGCAGAAGAUGCUGAUGAAAGGCCAAAGUGGAGCGAGUCAAGUCAUCAGGACCUGUGGAAAGUCAUCAGCCAAGCCUCGAUAAGUUUAGCUCCCAAGUCAGCAAAGACACCCAAACCGCAGAUAAGUCAGGUGCAGACGCUCCAAACAGAGCCUGGUGUAAAGGGGACCAUGGAGGAAAAGCAGCCCAAACAGUUUCCCUCCUCUUCCAAGACCCUCCUUGUUACUGCAAAGCUCACCCAAAUGCACUUCCCUGAGCAGGCCCAAAUGUCUCCUCAGCCUUCAGUGGCAACCCUCAGCCCCGAGCGAACUUUGAGCAGUCCUCUUACUUCUGAACAGGCAUUAAAGACUGCUUUCACAGCAGCAGGGCGGGAGCUAGGACUAGGGACUAAGCUGAUAGUUCCUAGGAUUACUGAGCUCACACGGACUCCAAAGGCAUCUCUCACAUCAGAAAAACCCCAGGCAAUGCAAAUCUCCCAAGUGACUAUUGAACAGAUAUCUGGGGUCACAGAUACCCAAAGAAAAGAUCUACCCUUCCAGCAGGUCCAAAUAAAAGAUAUAAUUCGAACCUCCCAGAAGGCCCUAGAACAAGAAACCACUCCCACUCCCACUCCUGAACAAGAAACCACUCCAACUCCUGAACAAGACAAGAAACUAAGGAUCACUCUCACCCCUCAGCAGACCCAGACCCUAGGCAUUACUCUGACCCCUGAGCAAACUAAGACCCAGAGGAUCAGUCUGACCCACGAGCAGGCUCAGGCACUGGGGCUCACUCUCACUCCUGAGCAGUACAAAGAACAGAGAAUCAGUCUGACUCCGCAACAGGCCCAGGCCCUGGGGAUCAUUCUCACCCCUGAGCAGGCCAAGGCCCAGAGGGUCAGUCUGCUCCCUCAACAGUCCCCCAUAGGGACCACUCUCACUACUCAGCAGGCUCAAGCACAAAGAAUUAAUCUCACCCCUGAGCAGGCCGAAGCCCUGGGGCUCUCUAUGACCCCUCAGCCAGCCCAACUUCUGGGACUUACUCUUACCCCUCAGCAGGCUCAGGUACAGAAGAUUUAUGUCACCCCUCAGCAGGCCCAAGCUCUGGGCAUCACUCUGAGCCCUGAGCAGGCCAAGACACUGAAGAUCAGUCUGACCCCUGAACAGGCCCACUCCCUAGGGAUCAUUCUCACAGUUGAGCAGGCCAGGGCACAGAGGAUCAGUCUGACCCCUCAGCAAGCAGAGGGCCUGGGGAUCACUCUCAGCCCUGAGCAGGCCCAGGCCCUAGGGGUUUCUCUCACUCCCAAAGAACAGGAGAUCAGUUUUAGUCCCCGGCAGGCCCAAUUUCUGGGACUCACUCUUACCCCUGAGCAGACUCAGGUACAGAAGAUUUAUUUCACCCCUCAACAGGCCCAAGCUCUGGGCGUCACUCUGAGCCCUGAGCAGGCCAAGGCAAUGAAGAUCAGUCUGACCCCUGAACAGGCCCACUCCCUAGGGAUCACUCUCACAGUUGAGCAGGCCAGGGCACAGAAGAUUAAUCUGACCCCUCAGCAGGCCCAGGACCUGGGGAUCACUCUCAGCCCUGAGCAGGCCCAGGCCCUAGGGGUUUCUCUCAUUCCCAAAGAGCAGGAGAUCAGUUUUAGUCCCCGGCAGGCUCAAGCUCUGGGACUCACUCUUACCCCUGAGCAGGCUCAGGUGCAGAAGAUUUAUGUCACCCCUCAGCAGGCCCAAGCUCUGGGCGUCACUCUGAGCCCUGAGCAGGCCAAGGCAAUGAAGGUCAGUCUGACCCCUGAACAGGCCCACUCCCUAGGGAUCACUCUCACAGUUGAGCAGGCCAGGGCACAGAGGAUUAAUCUGACCCCUCAGCAAGCCCAGGACCUGGGGAUCACUCUCACCCCUGAGCAGGCCCAAGCUCUGGGCAUCACUCUGAGCCCUGAGCAGGCCAAGACACUGACAAUCAGUCUGACCCCUGAACAGGCCCACUCCCUAGGGAUCACUCUCACAGUUGAGCAGGCCAGGGCACAGAGGAUUAAUCUGACCCCUCAGCAGGCCCAGGACCUGGGGAUCACUCUCACCCCUGAGCAGGCCCAGGAUCUGGGAAUAGCUCCUACCCAUAAGCAGGCUGAAGCCUUGGGAAUCAUCCCCAUCCUCAGACCUGAGCCUGACAAGGAAAGAAGUUUAAGUCUGACCCCUGAGCAGGCCCAGAACCUGGGAAUCAGUCUUACUGCUAGUCAAGCCAAGGUAAUGAAGAUUAGUUUGACCCCUGAGCAGGCCCAGGCCCUGGGGAUCACUUUCACCCUUAAGCAGGCCAAGGCACGGAGGGCCAGUCUGACCCCUAAGCAGGCCGAGGCUUUGGGGAUCACUCUGACUCCUGAACAGGCCAAGGCACACAGAAUCACUCUCACCCUUGAGCAGGCCCAGGCCCUGGGGAUCACUCUCACCCCUGAGCAGGCCCAGGCCCUGGGGAUCACUCUCACCCCUGAGGAGGCCCAUGCACAAGGUAUUCUUUCUCCUAAGAAAUUCCAGGAGUUGGAUGUUCCAUUAACCUAUAAACAGGCAGAAACACUAAGGAGCCGUCUUUCUAUGAAGCAACUUGAAGCCCUAACAAGCCAAAGACUUGUCUCUGAGUCUAUCCAAAUGCCAAAGCCGGCUGUUGCUUCUAAACAGACCCAGACAAUUGAUAUCCCACUAACUACCAAACUGUCCCAGGCAUUUGGAGUUCCGCUUCCAAAGAAACAGAGCUCAGCAGAGGGAAUCUCUCCCCUCACUUCCCAGCAGAUCCAGGCAUUUGGAGUUCCGCUUCCAAAGAAACAGAGCUCAGCAGAGGGAAUCUCUCCCCUCACUCCCAAGCAGACCCAGGCAUUCGGAGUUCCACUUCCAAAGAAACAGGGCUCAGCAGAGGGAAUCUCUCCCCUCACUCCCAAGCAGCCCCAGGCAUUUGGAGUUCUGCUUUCAAAGAAACAGGGCUCAGCAGAGGGAAUAUCUCCCCUCAUUUCCCAGCAGAUCCAGGCAUUUGGAGUUCCACUUUCAAAGAGAAAGAAGACAGAAUUGGGAACCUUUCCCCUUACUCCCAAGCAGACCCAAGCAGUUAGAGCUUCACUUUCAAAGAGAAAGAAGACAGAAUUGGGAACCUUUCCCCUCACUCCCAAGCAGACCCAAGCAGUCGAGCCUGACAAAGCAAUGCAGCCUCCCCUCACACCCAGGCAGGCCCUGCCAUUGCAGGAUCAACUUGCUCCAGAGCUCAUACAAACGCUGGUGUUUACCAUCACUCUCAAGAAAGCCCAGAACUUGGGUAUCAAUUUUACCUACGAACAAACUCGGGCAGCAGCUGUCACCCUCACCUCUGAGCAGGUGGCAGCACUAGAAGAUGCUCUUACUGAAGAACUGGCCUGGAGGUGGGAGUUAGUCACAGCAGAGCAGCUUCGAGAGGCACCAGACAUUGCCAUCACUAAGCAACGACAAGCACUGGAGACGGCUGCUCAGUCAGCUCAGGCACUUCAUAUUCCUUUUAGCUUGGAAAAGCCUGCCACAUUGGUUCCUUCCACUGACAGACUAUCUCAGAGAUUGAAGGAUUCUUACCCUGCUUCUAUUCCAUUGCAGGCAUUAAGGUCUUCUCUUACUCAAGCUCCAUUUCCCCCUCCGACAAGCCUAGGAAUGAGUAUUCUUCCAGAUUCUGAGAAGCCAUGGAUGUCUCCUACCUACAGACAGACUCUCACAGACAGGGGCCAAGGCAUUCCUGCACAGCCCGUAGGACCAGAAAUCCCUUCUUCCCUUAGACAGCUCCUAGCACCUGGGGCUCCUCCCACUCCAGGGCCACCGCUUGGUCCUAAGCAUUUCUUCAAACCUAGAGACACUUGGCCCCUUCUAAUAUCAGAGCCCCCCUUUCGCCCCAGAACACCUCCUGCAUCUAGAGUCCUACCUACCUCUGGAGAGGUUCCAAGACUUGUUUCUGGAGGCUCUGCUGCCCACAAGGAGCUCCUGACUUCCAGAACCUCCCCCUUCCAGCCUCCUGCCGUCCGUGAGCAAGUUCCCUUCUCUACCCUUGAAUGGCAAGGCCCAUCAUGGACGGUUCCUGAGCAAGGCUUGGCAUCAACAAUCUCACCCAUCCCACUGCAUCCCUCCACAGCAGAGGCCCUCCCACCCCCUGGAAGACCUCAGAGAAGUUCAGAAGCCAAACCUCUAAAACCUAAAUCAGCAAGAGCUCUGGGUUUUGAGGCCGUUCGGGCUCCUUUCCCUAUUGAGAAGACCCAAAUACCUAAGAUUUCUGACACUUCAGAACAAACUCAAGUACUCCAAGAUUCGUUUGGCAUGCAACCAUGUGGAAUAUUUCAGCCUUAUGUCACCAGCUCCAGGAUACCGCGGUCACAGUCUCCUCUCAUUGUUGAGAAAGCUCUUUCCAGAGAGAAGCCCGGACUACCACUACCAGCUCUUACCACUCAACUCCCCCAAACACCACAGAUCUCGACUUCUGAAAAGGGCGAGAAACCAUGGCUCCCCCCAAUAGACAAGCCCUGGACACCAACCCCUGUUUCUGUUUCCAGAGAAGCCAAGAUGCUGGUGCCCCCUUUCACUGAUGAGCACUCUGAAGAUAGAUAUGUGGUUGAUGUGGAGGCUCAGAGGAGGAAUCUGGUCACAUUAAAUCAGGCUGCACAAACUUCCAGACUCCCUGCACAGUAUCUCACAACUGCCAAGAAUCUCAUAAUCGAAUUACUUCAUUUAGAUACAGUUCGGCUGGGGUAUCUGUCCCGCAAAAACCAACUAAGCAAACGACUGAAAACCAUCCAAAAUACUGGGAAAGGGUAUGAGAGUCAGAGCCUGUACAUCAUGCUUGACAGAAUUGAUCAGCACCAGAAAAAGGUGAUGCAUGGCUGGACAGACAAGCAGAAGCACCUGGACCAGAGACGAAAGCAGUGCCUACGGUCUAUGACACAGUUAUUCAGCCAGAGUAGGCUGGACUCGAACUCCCGCCAAUAUUUCUGCCUCAGCUUCCCCAGUGCUGGGGUUUCAAGUAGGAACCUCACAGCUGGCUUCUCACUGAUUGUGGCCGGUUACUCUUUCCUCGGAACGUUAAGAGGCCAGUUUUAA